CCCUGUCGGGCGCCGUGCGCAGAGCCCGGCCGGGCGCCGCCACAGCCACACCCCCUCGGCGCGGCCGGGCAGCCCAUGGCGUCCUCCGCUCCGCACGGCUCCUCCGGGGCGCUGCCGCCGGAGCCGGGAGGCAGCGGGCGGGCGGCCGGGCAGGAGGAGAAGGAGAAGGGCGAGGCGGCGCCGGCCCGGCUGAAGGAAGCGGCGGGCGCCUCGCUGGCGUCGCUGUGCCUCGGCCCGCCGGGCGGCCGGCUGCUGGAGUGCCUGCUGCUCAACUACCGCCUGCGCCUGGGGCUGGCCCGCGGCCGUGCCGCCGCCGCCGCGGAGGGCUCGGGGGCUGCCGAGGGGCCGCUGCGCUGCUGCGGCUGCCGCCGCUUCCUGGGCGAGCCGGUGACGGUGCCGUGCGGGCACACCUACUGCCGCCGCUGCCUGCGCAGGGAGCUGCGGGCGCGCUGCCGCCGCUGCCGGGCUCGGCUGGUGCCGGGGGCCCCGGCGCGGCCCAGCGUGGUGCUGAGCCAGCUGGCCGAGAAGUGGUUCCCGGCGGAGUGCGAGCGGGCCCGGGCCGGCAGCCGGCUGGAGGAGCUGCUGGCGCAGGGCCGCUUCCGAGAGGCGCUGGGCGCCGCCGGGCAGGCGCUGCGGGCAGAUUCCAGUAACCUGAUGCUAAGAAUUUAUAGAGCUGAGUCAUAUGCUGGCCUCCAAGAGUAUAAAACAGCCAUAGAAGAUCUAAAUUUUGUUAUUUCUAAAAUGCCAAGUUGGCCAGAGGUCUACUUCCGGAAAGGAAAAGUGCUGCAUGACUCUGGCUUUGUAGGUGAUGCCUUACAACUGUUUCUACAGUGCUUAGCCCUUGAUGAGGACUUUCUUCCAGCCAAGCUUGAAGUAGAAAGGACACUGUGUGAUGUGCUGUCACCUGAGAAGUUAGGAGAGAGCCUGAAGGAGUCUGCUUGGAAUUCACCACAUAUUCGAAAUAAACCUUUUAUACUUGGUUCUGAGGUGGCAGAGUCUCAAUGCAAUUUGCAACUUUGUCCUGAGCAGAGUUUAGGAGGAUCAGAAGUACUGGAGCCUGUCAGUGGAAGCCUAAAUCGGGCACAAUCUGCCCAUGCUCUUAACUCACCGAAAGACCUCGCCAAGGAAGAUGUCUUAAAGAGAGUAUCUUCUGAACCCCUUCUUUCUGGUCAAGAAAAAGGUGCUUUGUUGAAAAGAAAGCUUUCCUUUUCAGAACAGGAUACAGUUGUAAGUGAAGAUGGAAGAAACAAGCACAAAAAGCAAGGAGAAAGUACAAAAAGGGAUACGACACUGGCUUAUGGAACAAUUCCAGGGAAUUUGAUUGAUGUAUCAGAUUUUGAGUGCUCUCUAUGUAUGAGGCUGUUCUUUGAGCCAGUGACAACCCCUUGUGGGCACACUUUUUGCAAAGGCUGCUUGGAACGGUGCUUAGAUCAUGCUCCUCAGUGUCCACUCUGUAAGGAGAGUUUGAAAGAGUACCUGGCAAGCAGAAGAUAUUGCAUCACAGAACUGCUGGAGGAAUUAAUAAUGAAAUAUUUGUCUGAUGAAUUAUAUGAGAGAAAAAGAAUUCAUGCUGAAGAAACUGCUGAACACUCAAACUUGACCAAGAAUGUUCCGAUGUUUGUUUGCACUAUGGCAUAUCCUACUGUGCCUUGCCCUCUACAUGUAUUUGAGCCAAGAUAUCGACUAAUGAUUCGCAGAAGUAUGGAAACUGGGACAAAACAGUUUGGGAUGUGUAUAAGUGAUUCUCAAAAUGGUUUUGCAGAUUAUGGAUGCAUGCUGCAAAUUAGGAAUGUUCAUUUUCUACCUGAUGGGCGGUCUGUUGUCGAUACUGUUGGUGGAAAGAGAUUUCGAGUUUUACGGAGAGGGAUGAAAGAUGGUUAUUGCACUGCAGACAUUGAGUAUUUGGAAGAUGUUAAGGUUGUUGAUGAAAAAGAACUAAAGAAACUGAGAGAACUUCAUAAUUUUGUUUACAAUCAGGCCUGUAAUUGGUUCCAAAACCUAAGAAACAAAUUCCGCACUCAAAUUCUUCAGCACUUUGGGCCAAUGCCUGACAGGGAGGAAAAUAUACAGGCAAUGCCCAAUGGCCCUGCUUGGUGUUGGUGGCUUCUAGCGGUUCUCCCAGUAGACCCCAGAUAUCAGCUGUCAGUUCUCUCUAUGAUGUCUUUAAAAGACCGUCUGAUAAAAAUCCAGCAUAUACUCACCUAUUUUUCUAGAGACCAGUCCAAGUGACUAACCGCCUGGGUCUUCCUGAAAAGAUACUCCGUUCUGGUUGUAGUUGCAGCUGGAAUUUUUGCUGCCUUUGCACAUCUAGCACUGGUUUGAGAAGUGUAAUGGAACUGCUUUUUCUCUCCUUCCUGCCCUCCCAACUUCCUGAACCAUGUGGUUCUUUGAAUGCACACUUUCUUCAACUACGAGAGAAGACCACUGAUGAUUGCACAAAGUCAAUCCAGCUAGAUAUGUUUUUCACGUUGUCUAUGUUACAAUUUGCACUAUGUAGAGGAGAACAUUUUUGAGACUUGAUAAUUUUAGCCACUGACUUUUUAAAGCUGUGGUAAGUGCAGGACUUAAGGCUGACAGUCCAAGUUUACAACAUUGAAGAGGUAUUAAAGGUUUUGCAAAUAAGUUUGCCUCAUACAACUGUUCUUUUGCUGUUUGCACAAAGAUUUGAAAUAUAGUAUUGAAUGUCACUGUUGGAUAUUACUACUCUUGGUGAUUUAUCUUGACUACGAACAUGGCACAGACUUCUAAGUUAUCCUGUAAAUGUAUGCAUCACAAAACAGGUGACAUUAUGAACUGUAUGCUGAACUGAGAGCCAAUUUUAAGGAACAAAUGCAAAAAAAAAAAAAGGUACUUGUCUAAAAAUACUUAAACUGUGAAUAUGGUUUACAUACCUAGGCCUGUACAUGUUAAAGAAGAACUGAAAACUAAAUGCUAGUACCAGUUACAUUUCUACUGGGCUUUUCAGGCUGGCUGUUCUUCCAGAGCACACACUUAGUUUAUAGAGCUUACAAGAAGAAAUCUUAGAGUGUGCGUGUGUGUGUAUUGGGGAUUGUGUGUCCAGGAUUUAAAAGCUUAAAGUUUUAUUUGAACUUUAGUUGGUGCAAAUGUGAGUUCUAUGCCUUAUAUCAACAGUAGAGCACACUGCAGUGGCAAAGUAAGCAUCAUGCUGCCAAUAGGUACUUUUUGUAAUUAAAGGUUUGCAUAUUUGUGAAUAUGUCUGAUACUGGCUUUCUUGUAUGUAAAUGAUUUGUAAAAUAUUUCUUAAAUCUUGCUUUUGCUAAUAUAUUUAAUUUUCAAUAAAAGCUAAAAGUUUGUAAUAUUUUAACUUUA